AAGUUGAUUUAUAAAGCAUUUCUUAAUGAUAUACACUAUCUUAUUCCCUUCUUUUUUUAGCUAAAAUCUAAGAUUUUUAUAAUAUAAUAGGCUUAAAAAGUGGUUAAAAUAAAUUUUAUAAUUAAAGUUUUUUUUUUUGUAAUCUUUCAUGAUCUUUAAGUAAUCUAUCUUCGAUUUUCUCAUUUUUAUUAUAAUAGGAAGUAUCAUUAAAUUAAAAAGAAUGAUUUAUUUUCGGUCUAAAAGUAUUUUCUUACAUAUUUUUUAAUUAUUACAUAUUUUAAUGUAAGCUUAUUUUUUAAGACUUUUAUUUUAACCAUUUUUAUUAGUUUUCAUAAAAAUUUUUACUAGUUCUAUUUGUUAAAGGUUUUUUUUUUUCAUUUAUUUUUGGUUUAAAAGUACAAUCUUUUAAAGCUUCUUUUUCUUCUUUUUCAAGUUUUUGUUUUAAAAGAAAUUCCCUUUAUUCCUAUCUUUAUUUAACCAUUUCUAUGCAUAUUUUAUAUAAUUUUUCACGUUUUUUUCUCUCUUUUUAUUUCUUUUAUUACUCUUCUUCUUCUUCUUAUUAUGAUUAUUGCUUUAAUAAUUGUUUAUAUUAAUCCAUUAAUUUAUUAGCGUCUUAUUUUAUGAUUUUUAUAUUCUCACUUAUCUUUAAAUCAUCUUAUUCAGUUGAUGAAUAAGAAUAGUUUUAUGAAAAAUUAUUGUUUGAUGCAUUAUUAUCUUUUUAUAAUAAGUUUUCUUAAUAAAAUGAUGAUGAUUAUUAUAUAUUCUCAUUCUCAUCAAAAUCUGUAUUUUUUGCAAAACUUACCUAUUUCUAGUAUUAAUUUAUAUUUUCAUUUAAAUUCAAAUAUUAUUAUCCAUUUAAAUCUUCUUUGGUGCUUUAAUAAUCAUAUUCUAUUUGAUUAUCAUUUGAAAGAUUUUCUUAUAGAAUUGUUUUAAAUGUAAUAAAUCCUUACUC